AUGGCAGCAUCACCCCUGAAAGUGUGCAUCGUGGGCUCGGGGAACUGGGGCUCAGCUGUUGCAAAAAUAAUUGGUAAUAAUGUCAAGAAACUUGAGAAGUUUGCCUCCGUGGUCAAGAUGUGGGUCUUUGAAGAAACAGUUAAUGGGAGAAAACUGACAGACAUCAUAAAUAAUGACCAUGAAAAUGUAAAAUAUCUCCCUGGACACAAGCUGCCAGAAAAUGUGUUCAUUCACAGGAUCUGUGACGAGAUCUCUGGGAAAGUGCCCAAGGGCGCGCUGGGCAUCAGCCUCAUCAAGGGCAUAGAGGAGGGUCCCGAGGGGUUGAAGCUCAUUUCCGACAUCAUCCGAGAGAAGAUCGGCAUUGACAUCAGUGUGCUCAUGGGAGCCAACACUGCCAAUGAGGUGGCUGCUGGGAAGUUCUGUGAGACCACCAUCGGCAGCAAGGUAACAGAGAAUGGCCUUCUCUUCAAAGAACUUCUGCAGACUCCAAAUUUUCGAAUUACGGUGGUUGAUGAUGCAGACACUGUUGAACUUUGUGGUGCCCUGAAGAACAUUGUGGCUGUGGGAGCUGGGUUCUGCGACGGCCUCCGCUGGGGCGACAACACCAAAGCUGCCGUCAUCCGCCUGGGGCUCGUGGAAAUGAUCGCCUUCGCCAGGAUCUUCUGCAAGGGCCAGGUGUCCAUGGCCACCUUUCUGGAGAGCUGCGGCAUAGCCGACCUGAUCACCACCUGCUAUGGGGGUCGGAACCGCAAGGUAGCAGAGGCCUUUGCCAGGGCCGGAAGGACCAUUGAAGAAUUGGAGAGGGAGAUGCUGAAUGGGCAGAAGCUGCAAGGACCUCAGACUUCCGCUGAGGUGUACCGCAUCCUCAAACAGAAGGGGCUGCUGGACAAGUUUCCACUGUUCACUGCAGUGUACCAGAUCUGCUACGAAGGUAGGCCCGUUCAGGAGAUGUUGUCUUGUCUCCAGAGCCAUCCGGAGCAUAUAUAA